GAGAUAAUACAAAAUCAAACACACCAACCAUCAUUAAAUAUGGUUAAGUUUAUAAAAACCACAUAUUGUGCCUUAUUUCUUUUUGUUGUGUUUAUUGUGAAAGUUACAGGCCGGUUUUUACAUUAUAGUGCAUCUGAGUUGAUUUCAGAUGGCACAGAUGAUUCAGCUCAAGAAAAUGGAUCAUCUUUGUUGUAUCUCAAGGGAAUUGAUUAUGCUGAAGAUCAUUGUGAGCAAAUGUAUGGUUUUUUGCCAUGUUCAGAGAAUCUUUUAGGCCAUUUGUUCCUUAUUGUGGUUUAUCAGUACUUAUUAUAUCAUGGAGAAUCAUAUGUUUCUUCUGGAGGUAAACGGAUUUUCCAGAUUCUUGGUCCCGGGAUCUUCGGUGCAAGUGCUUUCCAGGUCCUUGGUUUCCUUCCUGAGUCAUUGAUACUUCUUGUAUCAGGACUUUCAAACACUAAAGAUGUAGCUCAAGAGUAUGUCUUAACUGGAGUUGGCUUGCUAGCCGGAUCAGGGAUACUUCUUCUUACUUUAAUAUGGGGAACUUGUGUCAUUAUUGGGAGCCGAGAAUUUGUAUCUGAAUCUGGGUCAAGCCCGUUUCAUGUAUCUACCCAAAAUCAAUACCAAAAACUGUUAUCAUAUAUCACUGGUUUUGGUGCAACUACAGAUCACGAGACAAGACUUGCAGCAAAAAUCAUGGUUCUGUCGGUUAUACCAUUUGCGUUUCUCCUAAUUCCAGAAAUAUUUUUUGGCCCAUCUCAGGGUUUCAUUUUCAUGAUCCCCCUGUUUGUUUCGUUUAUAUUCUUGAUCGUCUAUUUUGUUUACCAGAUGUUUGAGCCUUCAAUCCAAAAAAGAAGAUUAUCGUAUGUGAAACACGAAAAUUUAGUUGUGGACAUAUUAAAACACUUACAGGAGUACACUGCAGAACAAGUACUUCUGGAAGAUGGUUCAGCAAACUUACCUGCUAUAAGACGUCUAUUUAUGAAGAUUGAUCAAGAUGGUGAUAGCUACAUAACUUUUCCUGAACUAAAAGAACUUCUGCAAGAUAUCAAGUUCAGGCAGUUUGCUUGGAGCAAGGAGAAAACGAUAGAAGAUAUUAUGAAAGAAUUCGAUAAAGAUGCUGAUGGCAAAGUAACUAUGGAUGAAUUUGUUUAUAGAUUCACAAAAUGGCUCGAUGAGACAAAGAAUGCAGUAGAUAAGCGGCCAUUUCGCUCAAUUAAAUCAUGGAAAGACUUGUAUCAGAUUAUCCAACCAUGGUUUCAAACCAAAAAGAAAGAAGAAGAGAUGAUGAAGAUCCUGAUCUCCGAAAUCAUAACCCAUGCCCAAAGCUUUCCAUUGGGAAACUUUUACAAUGAAGAUGGAUCAACAAAUAUAUCCGCAAUAAAAAGGUUGUUUGAAAGGAUUGAUGUCGAUAAAGAUAAUUUUGUAUCCCAAUCCGAGUUAAAGAGAUUGAUCAUGGAAAUCAACUCUCAAAAGACACCAGAGGAUGUAGAUGAAGCAGCGACUAAAAUAAUGCAUGAUCUUGACACAAGUGGAGACCAGAAAAUAGAUGAGCAGGAGUUCAUAAAUGGAUUUAAAAAUUGGCUCAACACGUCCAACUCUGAAAUUUCCCCUAAAUCACCUGGGAUUAAAACUGAUAAGCCGUGGGAAAGAUGGAUGGACGAUGGUGUAGACAGAUCAAGUUGGGCUUGGACAAAGGCUAUAAUGUUGCUCGUGCUUGGGAUAGCCAUGUUGGCACUUCUUGCUGAACCUCUGAUACACAGUGUUCAAAGUGUCUCGAGUGCUGCAAACAUACCGUCAUUUUUCAUAUCUUUUAUCUUGGUUCCAUUGGCUACAAAUGCGAGGGCAACCAUAUCAGCCAUCAAAACUGCAAGUCAAAGACACAAACGAACUACUUCUUUGACUUUCUCUGAGAUAUAUGACGGGGUGUUCAUGAACAAUGUUCUUGGAUUCUCUGUUCUUUUGGCAGUUAUAUAUUUUCGGGGCUUGACAUGGGAUUUCUCGGCUGAAGUGUUGGUUGUGCUGUUAGUUUGUAUCAUCAUGGGCUCGGCAGCAAGCUUUAGAUCAAAGUUCCCCAUUUGGACAUCAUUCAUAGCAUACUUGCUCUACCCGCUGUCUUUAAUCUUCGUUUAUCUUUUCAAUAGAUUUUAAAUAAACCCAAAUGAAAUACUUUUUCUGUAUAUAUUAUAUAGUACUCCUUGAAUUCAUUCGUUUAUUCAUUGCACUUGAUGCUACAUGCUUCAAUAUAUGUACAAACAUUAAUUGGUUGUAUAAGAAUCUUUCUUCAA